AUGGUACAAAAUGUGAUUUUGGUGUUUUUCCGCAGGCGACUCAGCCAAAGACCUGCUGUUGAGGAGCUAGAAAGAAGAAAUAUACUUAAACAACGAAAUGAUCAAACAGAACAAGAAGAAAGAAGGGAAAUCAAACAGAGACUGACAAGAAAGCUUAACCAGAGACCUACAGUUGAUGAACUAAGAGACAGAAAAAUCCUGAUCCGAUUCAGUGAUUAUGUGGAAGUGGCAAAAGCACAGGACUACGACAGGCGAGCAGACAAACCGUGGACAAGACUCUCAGCAGCAGACAAGGCAGCAAUUCGGAAAGAGCUAAAUGAAUACAAAAGCAAUGAGAUGGAGGUACAUGCGUCAAGCAAACAUUUGACAAGAUUUCACAGGCCAUAGAAAUUUUCUUCUGAGAAGAAUGUCUUUACUUUUUAAUAAUGCUGCUGAACACACAUCAGGGAAUGUAAGCCUUUCCCUCAAGUUCAGUCCAGGAUACCUUGAUGUUUAAGUGAAGGAAGGACUCUGCAGAUGGAGCCUCUCUGCAGCACUCACGCAUAGAAGAACCACCGGAGACGUGCUCCGCUCUGAAGUCAGACGAGCGAUGGCCUGUGGGGUGGGACAACCUGCUGAAAGACUGGAGUAAAGCUACUGCUCUCCUUGAACACUUGUUUUAAACUGUUUUGCAGUUGAUCUUGGAAGAGGAGAUGUGCAUGUACAGGCUUUACCAUUCCAAGGCCUAUGACAUAAAUGGACCUGACACACUGUCAUUCAGUAUUAUGUUGACAAGACAUUUUGAACUUAACAAGAUUAGUUUGUAAAACACUUAAGUUCAUGUUCUAAAAACUAAUUUAAUGUAUUAUAAUUUCAUUCUUUUUUAUAUAAUGUCUAACAGAAUCACAGCUGCAAGCAUUUUUGAUUCCUG